CUCACCUUAACUUAACUCACCUCACCUCAACUCACCUUAACUUACCUCAACUCAUCUUAAUAACGGCGUUUCCACAACAACCGAAUCACUCUCAAUUAUGAACGGCGAAUUCGUGUUUCACUUAGCAUCUCUGCUUCUUGUUCUUUGCUUUUGUUUAAUGUUUACAGCCCUAUUCCGGUUUUGCAAUAGAAUGACAAUUGAUCAUCCUUCGUUGUCGUGAUUUUGUCAUUGUCGUUGCACGUUGACAUUCCUAACAAAAAAUGACAAAGGAAAAGCUUUUGUCAACUUACCAUGCAUGGUGAAAAGUUGGUUGUUGUAGAAACAGCUGGUCAACGCUAUUAUUUGCAAAAAAAUAUGAGCGGCGAAACACCAGAGAAGUGAGUACUUGUGUGAAAUAGAUAAAUUAGCAUCCGGAGCUGCAGAAAGGAAGAAAUAAUCCGAGCUCCUCAAAACUGAUACAAACACUUUGGACGCAGAUGGCUGACAGCCUAAACGCCAUGCGUGGUCCCACCCGCUCCGUAGCAAAGUGGAAAGAUACAUUAGCGGCGUGGAAAAACCAGCUACGCUGCAGAGCACGAAAAGUGCAUGUGGACGUAACUGGAACCGGUGGGGGACCACGGACGGCAGACACCUCUGAUUUCGACCAACAGGCGCUUGAAACUUUUGGGGCGGCGACAGUAUACGGACGAGCAAACAUGGGUACAUUUGGGCAUGAAGAACCACUAUGCAGCUCUCAACUAGAUAUAACUGAAACAGAUCUAAUUGAAUCAGAUGUAAUUCAGACCGAGGUUGUCAAUUCCAGUGAGUUGGUGACUUGCGAGAGUUCAGCACCGCUUUCGGCACCGCAGAAUCCUAAUUCUGAGGCAGCCGCCUUAAAUGACUUGCUAACUGUCCCACCAGGUGUAACAGGCUGUAACCCACGAGCAAGAACAUCGCAAACCGUAACAAGUUUAAAUGCUGCCCUUAACAGCCUCCAAAUUAAGGAUGAAAGGGAGGCAAGUCAACACGAAGUGCUCAUCGCCACUCUUCAUCAGCUGAGCACAGCCGUAAACCAGAUGACCGUGGUGUUGGAAAAGCUUAAUGCUAAGCUGGACCAAUAUCCAAUUAUAUAUCCUUAA